AUGCUCUCGUACCCAAGCUCGUUGAUCCCUGGUGGGGGCAGGGUGAGAGAGGAUGGCCGAGUUGAGGUCAACUUGGACUCGAAAGCAUGUAGAGCUGUUGCAGAACUCAUCGGUACAAGCCCAGCUGAGGUGGACCACCCCCUUGGCCCACCACCGCCAUAUGAGGAGGUUCAACCAAUAGGCACCCAGCAACUGCUUGGUAUCAGAUUCAAUAUCGUCAUCCAGGUGGUAGGUAGUCGUGGGGAUGUCCAGCCAUUCAUCGCUCUAGGAAAAGAGCUGCAAAAGCACGGCCACCGGAUUCGACUCGCGACACACGAUAUCUUCGCCACAUUCGUCAGGAACUCCGGCUUGGAGUUCUACCCUAUUGGCGGAAACCCGGCGGAGCUAAUGGCAUACAUGGUCAAGAACCCCGGGUUGAUCCCGCAGCUGCAUAGCCUCCGGGCUGGCGACGUGCAGAAGAAGAGGGAAAUGGUUGCGGAGAUGCUGGAUGGGUGUUGGAGGUCUUGUAUUGCGGAUGACCCAGUCACGAAGACUCCGUUUGUAGCAGAGGCAAUCAUUGCCAAUCCACCAAGCUUUGCCCAUAUUCAUUGUGCCCAGGCGCUGGGGAUUCCGCUGCAUUUGAUGUUUACCAUGCCGUGGAGCAGCACGAGAGCGUUCCCGCAUCCAUUGGCGAAUCUGAAGUACUCAGACACGAGUCAGGAGAUGGCGAACUACUUUUCGUACGGUAUUGUGGAGUGGCUGACGUGGCAGGGACUCGGAGAUGUCAUUAACAGCUGGCGCUCAAAGCUGGACUUGGAGCCUGUCCCGGCCACUGAGGGGCCGAUGUUGACGCAGACUUUGAAGAUCCCGUUUACCUACUGCUGGUCUCCGGCUCUGAUGGCGAAGCCGGCUGACUGGCCAGCACAUGUUGACGUCUGUGGUUUUUUCUUCCGUGAUGCCCCUGAUUACAAGCCACCCCAAUCUCUCGACGCCUUUCUUCAAAACGGGCCUCCACCUGUGUACAUUGGUUUUGGGAGCAUUGUUAUAGAGGACCCGAAGAAGUUCACGGCGAUUAUUCUAGACGCUGUCCGAUCUCUAGGCGUGCGUGCAAUCAUAUCGCGCGGUUGGAGUAAAUUAGGGGGAGAGCCCUCUGAGAGCAUCUACUACAUCGACGACUGUCCGCACGAGUGGUUAUUCCAACAUGUGUGCGCGGUAGUUCACCAUGGAGGUGCCGGGACAACAGCCUGCGGGCUCCGGAAUGGCCGCCCAACGGCAAUAAUACCGUUCUUCGGAGACCAGCCGUUCUGGGGAAAUCUCGUAGCAGUUUCUGGCGCAGGACCCAAACCGAUACCGUACCGAGACGUCACUACCACUAAACUUGCAGAGGUGAUUGAAUUCUGUUUACAACCUCAGAUUCAACAUGCUGCUCAAACUAUUGCGUCGAGAAUGCAGUACGAAGACGGAGUCAAAACUGCUGUUGAUUCGUUCCAUCGAAACCUGCCUCUUGAUAAGAUGCGGUGCGAUCUGCUGCCAAACCGCAGCGCGGCAUGGACGUGUAAAACGCCUUCACUACGCUUAUCGAAGCUUGCGGCGCAGAUACUGGUAGAGCAUCUACGGGUUGACAGGAAGGCUCUGCAGUUCUACGAAACCAACCCCGUGGUGAUAGAAAAUAGACGCUGGGAUCCAGUCACUGGAGCCACAUCUGCUGCAAUAGGAACAGGAACAGACAUGGUCAAGUCGACAGCUGAUAUCUUCCUCAAACCCUAUCAAGAGUACCAAGAUCUUCGCCGAGGACGGCCCCGGUCAGGAGACAGACCUGAUGAUAAUGCAUAUAUUCCUCCAGCCCCCCGAUCACUUAGUACACCUCCCCCAGACACCCUAACCCAGCAACCACCAGAUAUUACCUCCAACCCCAGCACCUUCCACACGACAAGCACGAUUGCCACCGCAUCUGCCAAAAGCAUCGGCAGAGUUCUCACCACCUACUUCAAAGGCACUAUGGUCGACAUCCCCCUCGCAACAGCUGAGGGCCUACGCGCAGUCCCGCGUCUCUAUGGCGAAGACGUCAAAGAGCAUAAACCGGUGAAGGACUGGAAAUCCGGCAUGGUUGUGGGGUGUACUUCCUUCUCGCAGGGGAUGGUCGACGGUCUGACCGGCAUUGUCAUGCAACCGUACAGGGGCGCUAAAGAAGAAGGCGCACUGGGUGCGGUCAAGGGUCUUGCAAAGGGGACUGUGGGAGGGGCAGCGAGUCUUGGGUCUGGUCUGCGCUAG